UUCACGAAGAAAAUAAGCAAAAGAAAAAAAAAAUGUCGAGCGACGAUGAAGAUUUCGUGUUCUUCGGAAAGCCGAUUGAACGAGAAGAAGAAGUCACUACUCGCAAGAAGAAAGCAAUUUCCGAGGCCUCUGGUCAGCUCAGAACCUCUCUCCCCGUUUGGAAACAAGAGGUCACAGAUGAAGAAGGGAGGAGGAGAUUUCAUGGAGCAUUUACUGGUGGAUAUUCUGCUGGUUAUUACAAUUCUGUUGGUUCGAAAGAAGGGUGGACCCCACAAACAUUCACAUCAUCCCGCAAGAAUAGAGCUGAAGUUACAAAACAGAGCAUUUAUAACUUCCUGGACGAGGAUGAGAAAGCUGAUAUGGAAGGUCGCUCUGUGGGGACAUCGAUGCAGUUUGAUACAUUUGGAUUUACAGCAGCUGAGAUUGCACGUAAACAAGCUGAUAAGGAACAACAACAGAGACCAUCCACUAUUCCCGGACCUGUUCCUGAUGAACUAAUAGUUCCCGUUACAGAAUCUAUAGGUGUCAAAUUAUUACUAAAAAUGGGCUGGCGGCAGGGUCGGUCCAUAAAGGAUUCGAACAAGAAUUCGAUUAAUGAUGCUCGUAGACAAGCCAGAAAAGCUUUUCUAGCACUUUCGGACAAUGCCGGAUCGAAGAAUGCUUACUCGAAACUGAAUGAAGAGGAUGACGAAGAUGUCUCAGAUCCGCGUGCCGAUGAUGAAAAUCAAUUUUCUAAAACCAUGACAGCACACGUAUUCAACCCGAAGCAAGAUCUGUUUGGGUUAGGCUACGAUCCUUUCAAGCAAGCACCGGAGUUUAGGGAAAAGAAAAGAUUAAGAAUGUCCGGAAAAACAGAGAUGGAGGGUUAUAGGUCUCUAUCCAUAAAAGCAAAGGUUGGUCCUGGUUUUGGUAUUGGUGCCCUUGAAGAUUUAGAUACAGAAGACGCAGAUGUAUAUGACUCGGGUUAUGACUUUCAAGAUACUUACGUGCAAGAGAUAGAAGAACCAUCAAAAGUUAAAGUGGAUACUCUGCGGAUACUAAAUGUAAAGAAAGAUGAUGUUCUACCUGGUUUUAAAGCUGCAUCAAAAUCCGAGGGUUCACUGGAGAGAUUUGACCCUCCUGUAAUUCCAAAGGAUUUUAUCCCCCAUCAUAAGUUCCCAGCUCCUCUAGGAGUUGAUGACAAGAAUGCUGAAACCCCUCCACCGGAGGUUUCUCCUCCAGAGGAUAACAACCUCAGAGUGUUGGUCGAAGGAGUGGCAACUUUAGUUGCUCGAUGUGGAAAAUUAUUUGAGGAUCUCUCUAAGGAGAAGAAUCAGUCAAACCCGUUAUUUGACUUUCUUCGUGGAGGAAAUGGUUCUGAUUUUUAUAUAAGGAAACUCUGGGAAGAGCGCCAAAAACGUGGUGAUCAAGCCAAACUGUGGGAAGAUAAAAAGCCUCAGAGUUCGGAAAAGCUGACCGCCGAAAAACGUGGGAAACUUUUAGGUGAAAAAGCUUUGGAGAGAAGCUCGAUAGAGACGAGCUCUUUGGUUGCUUCUCUUGGCUCUGUUAAUGUCCAAUUUAAACUGGCGGAUACGUUCACCUCGACACCAUCAGCUAAUGAGCAAGGGGAUAUUAGGAAACCUUUCCAUGAUGACCCUGAAAAGCAAAAAAGAUUCGAACAGUUCAUGAAGGAGAAAUACGAAGGAGGUCUUCGAACAAAAGACUCUGGUGGGUCCAGUAACAUGGCUGAAUCUGCUCGUGCUCGUGAAAGAUUAGAAUUUGAAGCUGCAGCGGCUGCUAUAGAGAAAGGAAAUUCAGCUAAAGGAAAAACGGCGACCAAUCAGUUGCUUUCAGAUUUGUCUUCAGGGUUACAGUUUACAAUUGGUGGAAUAGAGAAAGAUAAAGCUUUGCAGUCUGAGGAGCUGAUAGCUAAGGCAAUGUACCCGAAACGGGAAGAGUUUCAGUGGCGACCUGCGCCUAUAUUAUGCAAGCGUUUUGAUCUGACUGAUCCUUACAUGGGGAAGCCACCUCCUGCUCCACGCAUGAAGAGCAAAAUGGACUCUCUAAUGUUCAUGCCGGAUUCCAUUAAAAAAGCAAAGGUGGAAGAACCUGUUGUACAAGACAGACAAGAAAUCGAGAAGGAAGUUGAGAACGAGGUGGAGCCUGAAAAUGUUGAGAGGCCCGUUGAUCUAUACAAAGCCAUCUUUUCUGAUGAUUCGGACGAUGAAGUGGAAAAUAGUACUACAUCCAAUCAAGUGGUGGAUACAGAAAAGAAGAUCGAAGCUGCAAACACCACGUUGAAUCGGUUAAUAGCUGGAGACUUUUUAGAAUCACUGGGGAAAGAACUGGGAUUAAUGGUACCCCCCGAGAAUAUUCCUCUGCCGGAAAAUAAAACCGGUUCAAACACUGCUCACAAGGAAAGUGUUAAUGCCAACAAAGUAAAUGAGAAUUCUCUGCUGGCUGAAAAGAAGAUACCACCCACUCAAAAUGUCGUACGUAAUUCAACCAAUGAUUGCCUAAACGAGAACUUAUUCGUAGAUGGUAGUAAAAUUGCAGUUAAAGACUCAGUUGAAGAUGUUAGUAAAGGUAAUAUAUCUGCUGAGGUGGGUCCCGGUGAAGAGAGAUACACGAAGACUCGGAAAAGUCGGAAUUAUGGCAGUUCUUCAGAAGAUGAAAGGAGCAGAAAACACUCGAAGAGUCGAAGGCAUAAAAGCAGAAAGAAUAGAAGUUCAGAUAGUGAUACGGAUAGCGACUCAGAUGAUUAUCAUCGCAGAUCAAGUUCGAGGAAAAAAGAUAAGGAAAAAAGUAGCAGCAGAAGGCAUAGUUCAAAGCAUCACAAACACAGAAAUAGUAGCUCCGGAAAAGAACAUAGUCACAGAAGAAAGAAGAGUAAAUAUGAUGACUGAAGAGGAAAAAAAAUACUUGAAAUCGAAACAAACGAACAAUUCAAAGCUUGAAAAAUAUUUAUUUGCAAGUUAAUUGAGCAGAGUUGUACUGUGCAGAUCUUAACGGUGUUUAUUGCGAUGAAUCUGCGGAGUUAGUCGGUUGUGAUAUUUCAGCUCUCUUCGUGUAUCUCUAGUUUGAUGAUAGAAGUGGCAAAGGCUGUAAUUCGAUUGAAUGUUUAAUUUUCGGGACGAUGUUUUAAUGUAAUAUUCAGUUUUUAGAGACUGAAUGAAAGAGAACCAAGAAAAAGAGAACCACGCACUCGCAUACUAUUCAUACUGUAUUGAAGGAACUCGCAAAUUAUUAACCGCCAACUCUCGUUCUUGUGAUUUGAGCUUGAAUGCGUGCAUAUGUUGUGAAGUUAUGUAGAAGGUGAAUUGUUUUUUAAAUACUCGAAAU